AUGGUGAAGCAUCAGAAAAUCGUCUGUUCGAAUUGUAGGCGACGAAAGAGCAAAUGCGAUGGGGCUUCGCCAAGCUGCUCCGCUUGUGUCGCGAAUGCUUCGUCUUGCCACUAUGAUAAAUCGCCCUCACUUGCCUAUGUGCGCUCAUUGCAGUCACGUAUUCGCGAAUUAGAGCGCAAUGCUAGCAAGCAGUCAACCUCACAAUUUAGUUCGUCCUUUGCUGGCUCGACUUUCAGCAAUCAGGGCGACGAUUCUAUAAGUCUGGAUGCGCUGGGCGAUGUUGGUUACCAUAACCAGACUUCUGCUCUACAUGAACAUUUGCCACAAAAUAAUGCUCGUCCACUAUAUUUUCCGACACUGUUGUCGUCAUCGACAAACAAAAGUCGAGAAGCAGAUAUCAGACAAGAACUGGCGGCCAAUGCCACCACCCAAAAAGACCUCGAAAACACGAAUUUGGACGCAUCACAGUCACUAACAAAUCUACCCAACGACCUUGCUAGUACUUUGUUAAAGCUACAUUGGUGUUGGUUGCAUCCAAGUUUUCUUUUCGUCUACCGCCCCGCUUUCACGAGAGAUAUGCCUCUCCUUGCGCGUGGGGAUCGAUCUGCUACGCAUUGCUCUUCAACCCUCGUGAAGGUGCUCUUUGCUCAUAGCUGUCGAUUCAUACGGUCACCCGAUGUAGUGUGGAGCCCGAACAGUCACAGCGAGUCAUUCCAGGAACUUUCAGACCGUUUGAUGGUAGAGGCAAAGGCCUUGCUGGCCAUGGAAACUUUGAAUCCUCCUACCAUUCCUACAAUCCAAGCACUACUCCAGCAGUCAGCUCGAGAUGUGGCAUGUGGUCGGUCCUCCUCUGCAUGGCUAUAUUCCGGCAUGGCAUUUCGUAUGGCUAUUGAUCUUGGCCUACAUGUAUCUCCUGACAAACUCCAACAAUAUUCUACCUCACUCUCAUCAGAGGAGAUUGAGAUAAGAAAGCGUCUCUUUUGGAGCUUGUAUGCCUGGGAUAAGCACAUAAGCCUAUACCUAGGGAGGAUGCCCAAUUUCGUUAUGGGUGCGGAGACCGUAUCACUGGAGUUUUUAGACAAUUUGACCGAUCAUGAUCCGUGGGUACCAUUUUAUGGACCAGAUCCAAACUCUGAAGAGCUUCCUCAAUAUCCCCCAACCCCAGGUCAUGUCAUGUCCUGUUUCACAGAGCUAUGUAAACUCUGCAAGAUACUCACACGUGUCAUGCUGGAACUCUAUAGCUCGCAGUCUGCCAGCUACUCGGAAAAAUCCUCUGAUCCACGGAUGGCUGUUUUUCUGGAGAUCAAAAUGGAGCUGCAGGAUUGGCACUCCUCUUUGCCAUCAUUCCUACGAAUACCACUCAACAUGCCUCAAUUGAGUCCACCGCCACAUAUUACAUCGCUCAACCUGAUGUACUAUAAUGCCAUCAUUCUUCUUCAUCGGCCUCAUGUUGCAGGUGGAGAUGUCCCUUCCUCUGCUGCGAUCCGAGAGAGCUGGAAGAUAUGCCGAGGGGCGACUACUGCCAUAUAUGGUCUUCUCAAAAUGUAUAUCCAUACUUUUGGAUAUCAUCAUAUUACAUAUAUGAACAGCUAUUGCACUUAUAUGGCUGCGACAACUGCCGUAUAUCAAUUAGAAACAUCCGAGGAAGGAUCACAGCCCUCCCAAUCACACCAGGAAGCUUGGACAGAACUCAAGUUUCUACUUGAUGUCCUUCAGCGUACUUCCGCAGCUAUGCCUGGCUUGGAUCGAAGUAUUGACAUCAUUCGAGCACGUAUCAAAAGGAUUCUCCAUCGCCAAGUAUCCAGCCAACUCAAUUCGCUAUUCCCUGGUCGAAAGUCGAACGAUCCCGACAAUACACAUCCUAUAAACGACACACCUCGAACUCAAACAGAAGGGGAAAGGGCCUCAAGUGCGAUCUCCACCGAUUGCCCUAUUUACGGAUGGGGGAACAACAUAGGACCUGUAACCGACGAGGAUCUGUGGCUUCCAGCAUUCCCCGCCCAAGAUUUUUCUUAUGGCCCGGAAGUGAUGCUGGACGUACAAGACGCAUUGAGUCCUCAGACACGGUCUGCUCUAAUGGGUUCGAAUCUUGACCCUCAACUUCGACUGAAUCUUUCAACAUCAGGUGAACAUAAUACGGGCUACAAUCCUUUUCCGAGUUCUUUGCUGGGUCAACUGCGAGAGCCUUCAGCAGGGGAGGUCGAUACCACCUAUCCAGCCAUUUGA